GCCUAAAGGCGGUUGGACGACGUGACCGCCGGCACAUCGGACCGCCGGAAAGCUUCCCGGGGUUUCCGAACAGCUCUGACUAGGGUACUGACUACCAGUAGUACUCGGGCCAGUCCCCUUUCUAUAUAAAGCCAGAGGCUUCUCCGGCGUCCCGCGCACUUUGCAAGCAAUACUUUCUGUGUUCGGUUCGGCUUCCGAGUUCUUUAUUUUCUGAAUUAUUUCUUGUUGGCAUUUCCGCUCCGGAAAAGUAAAAAGAAAAAAACCAGCCAGCAUGUGGUCGAAAGUGGCUAUCGGUGGUGCUUUGGCUCUGAUGGGCGGAGUUCUCUUCUCCAGCGUGGUGGACAACUUCGCCUACGUGGACCGAUCCCUGGAAACGGCGAUGCCCCGCUCGAAGCGUCAUGUGGCGAAGGAAUGAGCUCUCCAGGAUGCCCCCGGGCUGAUUGCUGCAGCUGAUUGACUGGCUAGUUCCUGGCUCCUGGAACUGCAGCCCUGUUGUGCUCAGCGGAUAUUUAUUGGCCAAAUAGCGGAGCAGCUACUCCGGCUUAAGCGUCAACAGACCGAGGAAGCCGGACAUAGUGCUCCUUGGCCGCCAAAGUACUCAGCCCCCGACACCCUGUCCACAAGAACAAGCCCUAAUUUAUAACUCCCUGUUUUUUUUUGUCUAUUCCGAUAAGUCCUUAAUUAUGUAAGAAAUAAAAUAUAACUCGAGUAUCUCAA